AUGAACAUCCUUUUACAAACUUAUUCAUCUUUCCCAACUGCGUCAGAUGCCGAUAAGCAGACAACGUGGAAGAAAAGGUGUGCGCGUCCUGGUUGUCACCUUGCUGCACGCGUCCUGUCCAAAUAUUGCAGCGAUUGGUGCGGUACUGAACGCGCUGCUACUCGCUUAAAUACUGCUACAACGGAUUACCAUCGGUUCUGGGAUUCUGUACGAGCGGCCACCAAACCAGAGGGAGUGGUCAUUAUCGAAUCCGGAAACCCGAACCACUCAUCAAGCUGUCAAGCUAAUCAAAAUAUGCUCGAUGACAUUUUGCUGAACCAGCGAACGAAGCGGCUGGAAGAGCUGCUGGCCAAAAAGCUAGCAGUUGAAAGUCAAGUACAAUUAGCCACGAGUCGAUCGAAAUACCUGGGAUACGCGAUAUCCAGAUGGGAAAACAUGUGCCUCGCCACCGCUAGGGCUCUUCAGAUAGAAGACAACCCAAGCCCAGACCAAUCAACAACCGCGACUACCACAACAAGCAAGCCAAAGAAAGGUGGCGGUAGUGGCCGGGGAAGAGGGAAAGCAAGAGGUGAUCCGAAAAAAUCUGAAACCAGCUUCCUUAACUCGGCCAUAAGCAGUAUCGAAGCGCCUUGUGGUUUUGAUGUCCGGCUGAUUUGGGACGACAAGGACUGGGCGCAAUGGACAUCAUCUGAGAGCUUUUCAGCACUGUUUCGUUCCCAAGAGUCGGAAAACAAUGAACCUGUGCAAGGAGACGUAAACACCGAAAUAGGUGAUUCCAACCCACAACCGGCGAUGGACUAUGGAAUUGAGGAAGGCGUGAUUUGUUUGAUAAUGAGAAAGAAGUGCGAUCGACACCUCGGAUGGCAAAAGACGCGUGAGAAUGACUUUCAAACCGAAGUCAACACAUUGAAUAUGAUUUUAGAUAAAGUAUCAACUCAGAUACAAAGGUUAAAAGAGGAAAUCGAAGAGCGCCAAGAGCUUUGGAAGUUCCGAAGCGCCAAACAGGCGUCGAACCCGUCCCAGCUCCUCUCCUAG